ACACGCCGCUCACAGGGGACCCUAUAUAAGCGGUGCAGCUGUCAGGUGGAGGACACUGGCUGCUUGUGCGCUGGGGGACGACUCGCUUUAGGGAAUUUACAGCUCUAGAUACUCAUAGAUCCAAAUUGUAACAAUGUCUCACGCUUGGGGAUACGCAGCAAACAACGGACCCGACAAAUGGUGUGAUAACUUCCCUAUUGCCAAUGGACUCCGCCAGUCUCCCAUUGACAUCGUCCCUGGUGCAGCAUCUUACGACGCGGGGCUGAAGCCGCUCAAGCUGAAGUACGACCCCUCCACCUGCCUUGAUAUCCUCAACAACGGACAUUCCUUCCAAGUGUCCUUCGUAGACGACACCGACAGCUCAACUCUGACAGACGGACCGAUCUCUGGAGUCUACAGGCUCAAGCAGUUUCAUUUCCACUGGGGAGCUUCUGAUGACAAGGGCUCCGAACAUACUGUGGGGGGGACCAAGUAUCCUGCUGAGCUCCAUCUGGUGCACUGGAACACCAAAUACCCAAGUUUUGGUGACGCUGCUAGCAAGCCUGAUGGGCUCGCUGUUGUUGGAGUAUUCCUGAAGAUUGGUGCUGCAAAUGCAAGUCUGCAGAAGAUUCUUGACGCCUUUGAUUCCAUCAAGACCAAGGGCAAGCAGACUUCUUUCUGUGGCUUUGACCCCUCUACCUUGCUCCCUGGUAGCCUAGACUACUGGACAUAUGAUGGCUCCCUGACCACACCUCCUCUGCUGGAGAGCGUCACCUGGAUUGUCUGCAAAGAGCCAAUCACCGUCAGCUGUGAGCAGAUGGCCAAAUUCCGCAGCCUGCUCUUCUCCGCUGAGGGUGAGCCCGAGUGCUGCAUGGUGGACAACUACCGCCCUCCCCAGCCUCUCAAGGGUCGCUCUGUCCGUGCUUCCUUCCAGUGAUGCCCCCUCCCCCUCUUUUAUGCCCUUUCUGCCCUGUUGCCCUCUCCCUUCCCCCUCCCUUUAGUCAGUUACCUCUCUUGCAGUGAGCCACAAUGCAAACAUAUCGCUCUCCGUCCAGUUUUUAAAAGAAAUGAAAUUCCUGUGGCGCAUUGUUUUUAAAUGCUGGGCAGUCUGUCAUAAUUUAUUCUUUAAGACACCUCACAAUGGCUGCGACACGUUUACUGGGACUUAGCAUUCAGUGCCAAUGUUUUUAGAGACAUUACACCGGUGUGCGCAGGUCUUCUUUGUGUCAACAAACACAACAAUAAUGAAAACUGAAGAUGAGUUAUGGAGCUCUUGAGUCGGCAGAAAGCACAAGCUUGUCGCAGUAGGUGGAGAGGGGGGGGG